AUGCCUGUAGCAACGCUUCAUCUCCUGGCGCUUGCCAAGUCCACUGAUUCUGAAUCGUUCCUCCAUCAACUCAAACAAUACCCCGACAUUAAAGUGGUUGUGGCGUCGCGCCCACGCCACGUUGUGAUCCACCCGACAAUCCUUGACCAGAGCACCUUGGCCCAAACAGCCUGGGAUCUGCUCGUUCUCUUAACGAAAAACCAACCCGAGGAAACUCAAGACCCAAUUCCAGCUGCUCUCCGUUCCAACAUCACCGCCGAGUACAAAGUCACGGCCGGCAUUCCCUCCAAGCUUAUCACAAGCUAUCCCACUCGCGAUGCGCAGCUCAAGCAAAAGGCCUCCAGUAUCCCCCUCACCGGGUCACUAGACAAGGUUCUCCGCGAAGGAAGCAAGGAUUCCUCGCAGAAUCUGGAAGUCUCACCUCAGCUUCUGGAAUUCAUGACGGAGCUUACAAAGACACACUCCGGCCCGGUCACGAUGCUCAAUCUCUUGCAUUUCCAUCACCCUGGUGGCAAGGGGAGCUAUUUCAAGUAUGGGCAAGCUUUCAUCCCCGUCGCAGGAAAGCGUGGUGGAGAUGCCAAGUUGGUGGGCAACGUCGUGCCCCCAGGUAAAGGACAGAAGGAGGAUUCCCGGGGUUCCCCAGACCGACCACAGCAGGAAUGGUGGAACGAGAUCUCCAUCGUGCACUACCCAUCGAUUCGUCAUUUCUGUGACAUGCUGGCCGGAGAUGAUUAUCAAGAAAUUAAUGAGAAGUAUCGGCUAUCGGCACUUCGCGACACAUUCUUGAUGUGCACCACCGAGUUUGACAGCCAAACGGCUGCAGUCUCAAAGUUAUAG